AUGCUCGACUCGGCUCCUUCUUGUAUGGAGAUCGCCCUUAAACCUGCUGACCAAGCUCGGUACGACCGCAAUAUCGCGUCGUUCCUGUCGGAAGCGGUCGCUCAGUACUCGUCCCAAAGCGGCCAUAUCGACGAAGCUGCGUGGAUUCCCGUCCGACGUCGUCAACAGCUUAGUAUCUACAAGAGCGUUCAGGGCACCCGGGAUCCCCACGUGACGCUGUUCAAAGGCACAGGAUUGAUCCACGGACCCGUGCAGGACGUCAUGGAUGGUGUCUAUUGCGACACAACCGACGAUCUCCGAGCGUGCAAGACCUUGCUCAAGUACAAGUUGGUAGACGGCAGGAUCCUCAACGUGACGGAGCGUCGAAGCCACGAAGCGCCGUACCGCUUUGCCGGGAUCAAGUGGUUUGCAGCCAAAGCUGCUUGGGGGUUAUCCAAACACCGCGACGUGCUCGCGUACGAACGGAUGGGGACGACCACGGACGCUCGGGGCAAGGAACUGGCUUACCAUGUCUUGCACUCGAUUGACCACCCUGCUUGUCCGAUUGACGCGAUCAAGGGCAUCAAAAGGGAACACCAAGUCACGUGCUUCCUGUACCGGAACUACGACAACUGCCAAGUCGAGUGCUUCAUCUGGUCCACGGUGUACAACCUGGACUUUGUCGCACAACGGAUGGCCGAGUACGUUGUUGCCGGUACGCUCUUGAACGUCACGAACUGUGUCAACAGUGCGCGGGCCAAGAAGUACUCGAUGCUGAUGAAACAGGCGCAGCACAGCAAGUGGCCAGCGAAUUCCUUCUGCCACAUUUGCUACGGGCGGUCCUUCAUAUCUAUCAACCGGCCGUGUGCAGGCUGCUUCCAGAGCGUCUGUCGAGCCUGCUCGGACUACCGCUUUGUCUUCCACAUUGACGCCAAGACGGGCCGACCACAUCAGCAGCGCUUCUGUAAGCUCUGCAUCAACAAUACGGUCAUCAUUGACUCGCAGAGCUUAGAAGCGUCGAUCCAGAAAGGUCCGACGGACCUUCCGGUUGACGUGUUGACCACCUCCAUGAAAGGAAGGGGCUCUCACGUUGUUCGUGGGGCCCCGCAACCGGGGGCGUCGAGCUGCCACAAUGCACUCAAGUGUUCAGCCAUGACGAUCAAAAGCUCGCAGUCGACGGCCGAAACGAGUCUGCGCUCGAAUUACCUCGACUGGGCGAGUGAAUGGAGCAGUCAGGAUGACGACGAUGUUGAGUACCUUCAUGAACGGCUAGCAGUAGCUGGACAAGAACGAACACAGAGGACGAGCAAACGCAGUGGAAUGGUGUCGCUGUCCGACCUGACUUCAGAAGACAAGUCCUCGCCAUAUCCAGCCGCUCCGCAGGCGCAUCAACCGCAAUCUGAAGGACGCAACAACCGCGUGCGGGAGAACCGAGUGCACCAGAAAAAGCACGAGAUGUUAGCACGCCAGGAGCUCUCGGACUCAAGCCUGUCCCCACUUGAUCUGUAUGCAGGAAGUUCCACUUCGUCGCAACGACCACAUCAGUCAGCUCAUUUGCCACCUUUUCGGUCGCCGUACAAGCCAUUGGAGACCAAACGACAGCAGCAUUUGGUUUACUUGUCCAGCGAUAUCUCGAGAGACAGUGAAGACGGCGAUGAUGUUUAUGCGCGAUCCAUGGCGGAUCCUGGUCUGGGGCUGAGCAAGUUCGACCUCGGCAUUGUGAAUACUGCUCCGGUCGAGGAGUUUGACGACGAUCUCGGAUGUAGCAUGUACUCGGACGAUGGGGGCCGUCCGCAAAUUAGGCGGCAUCCGAGAUAUGGCCGUACGAGUCAUGCAGACAAGGACGGAUUCCUGUCGGACUUGUACUCGUUGUCGCGCUCGAGAAUACACGGUCAGCACUAG